UUGGUCUAAUUUUACUCUGCUACGACAAGAAUACACUUGUCAUUUUGAAGACCACAGAGGAAUGAGCGAUCCUGCCAAGACUUGCCUCUCUGAAAAAGGGAAAGACCAAAGACAGAAAGAGGGAGGAAGAAUGAAAGGGACAAGGAAAUAGUGAGGGGCAGCGAGAUAAAAGUACAAACGAGAUAGACGUACAGACUGCCUUUGGAAUAUAACAAAAGUUAAAGUUGUGUACCUGGUCUUCUGUGAGGCACAGAAGCGGUGGCAAAAGGGUGUACUUGUGUGUAGAUGUGUGACAGCGGAGCGUGUGAGGACAAGCCCCCCGCCCCCCCUGUCAGGAUGAGCAGCCAAGGAGGAGGAGCCAAGGACCCUCAGUCUGCCAAUCAUAACUCUAGGCCUCUGCCCUCUGUACCAGAAGAGAGGAAGUCCCGGAACAAGAUCAUCUCCAUUUUUGCCUCUGAAAAAGGAGGUAGGAAGAAGGACCGUGACAAGGACAGGCCUGAGAUCUCCUCCCCCUCAGACUUUGAACACACCAUCCAUGUGGGCUUUGAUGCUGUCACCGGAGAGUUCACUGGCAUGCCGGAGCAGUGGGCCCGUCUCCUUCAGACCUCCAACAUCAGUAAAUCAGAACAGAAACAGAAUCCUCAAGCUGUUCUAGACAUUCUCAAGUUCUACGAUUCUACCAGCGGAAAACAGAAAUACCUCAGUUUUUCUGCCUCAGACAAAAACCCACAGUCGCCUGGCAAGCAGGGUACAGAGGCGCCAUCAGGUGGCAAAGACGGUGAUGACGACGAUGACGAUGAAGCCCCACCUCCGAUUGUGGCGCCGAGACCGGAGCACACAAAAUCAGUGUACACAAGGUCAGUGAUCGAGCCGCUCCCCGCUCUGGAGGUAGACGCAGCCUCCAAGGCAGCAGACAGACAGAAGAAGAAGGGAGGCAAGAUGACUGACGAGGAAAUCAUGGACAAACUCCGAACCAUUGUCAGUAUUGGAGAUCCUAAGAAGAAAUAUACACGCUAUGAGAAGAUUGGCCAGGGGGCAUCUGGUACAGUAUAUACAGCCAUAGAUGUUGCAACAGGUCAAGAGGUGGCCAUUAAGCAGAUCAACUUGCAGAAACAGCCCAAGAAAGAGCUGAUUAUUAAUGAAAUCCUGGUCAUGAAGGAGUUGAAGAACCCCAAUAUUGUCAACUUCUUAGAUAGUUUCCUUGUAGGAGAUGAGCUUUUUGUGGUGAUGGAGUACCUGGCCGGUGGCUCUCUGACUGAUGUUGUGACAGAGACCUGCAUGGACGAGGCUCAGAUUGCUGCCGUCUGCCGAGAGUGUCUGCAGGCUCUGCAGUUCCUCCAUGCCAACCAGGUGAUCCACAGAGACAUCAAGAGUGACAAUGUGCUGCUUGGGAUGGAUGGAUCAGUCAAACUCACUGACUUCGGCUUCUGUGCCCAGAUCACCCCAGAGCAGAGCAAACGCAGCACCAUGGUGGGGACUCCAUAUUGGAUGGCUCCUGAGGUGGUGACCAGGAAGGCCUACGGUCCCAAAGUGGACAUUUGGUCGCUGGGCAUCAUGGCCAUAGAGAUGGUGGAGGGAGAGCCUCCAUACCUGAAUGAGAAUCCUCUCAGGGCAUUGUAUCUGAUUGCCACAAAUGGGACCCCAGAGCUACAGAGUCCGGAGAAGCUGUCUCCUGUCUUCAGAUCCUUCCUUUCUCGCUGUUUAGAGAUGGAUGUGGAGAAAAGAGGAAGUGGCAGAGAACUGUUGCAGCAUCCAUUCCUGGAGUUGGCUAAGCCUCUUUCCAGCCUCACACCGCUCAUCCUGGCAGCCAAGGAGGCCAUGAAAAGCAACCGCUAAAUGCUAGCUUUCAGUGGUUUGAUAGCCAACUCCAUUGACUCCUGUAACAGCCAGCAUUUUCUCCUGCCCUGCGUACUAUAGCCAUUAGCAACAUGCCAAUGGUUCACUGUGUCUCUUAACAUGGUUACUGACACUUAUUCAAAUAUGCAAGCAUCUCACCCCAGUUCCCAGCUUCUCUACUGUUUUUCUACUUUUCUUUUUUAUCUAUGUGCCUUUCCAUUUUGUGCCUGGCCAGUCAGGUGUCAUGUCUUGUUUUUCAGUCAUAUGCAGUUAACUUCCCUAAUUUGCCCCGUCCUAUUAGCGUUUGACAAUCCUAACACAAGGAUGUGAAUAUUUUUUGACAUAAAAUUAUCAUUAAUAGCAAAUGGCAGAUUAAAAUGUACCUACGUAUCUGUGCUUUUGGUCACACCUAUGCACUACCAUUUUAUUUCAGUGGCUCUUGUGCUCUGUGCCAGUGGACUGUUGCAAAGUCAAUUGAGCUCUAAUGCACAUUUAUCAUCCAGACACACGUCUUGAGUUAUAGGCAGAAAUGUGCAAUUCAAACACAUUCGAGCACGCUUGAUGAUUUGGCUAUGGAAAUUGUCUUUAAGUUUGAAUAGCCAAACAUAACUGAAUGCCCUGGGGCAAAACUACAAAUUUUUUCACUAUGAUUUUUAUGUUUUUUGCUGUGCCCUCAAUCAUAUUAAGUUUAUGUUUGUGCGAAUGCGUGAACACACAUUUUGGACCACAUGAAAUUGUUUGCCUGAUUAUAUGUUCUGUUUUUGUUUUUGUUUUUUUGUUUUUUUAAAUGCAAAACUGGAGGAAGAUUUGUCAUUGUUCUGUAUAUGAUGAACUUUCAUUGGCUAAGUCCAAUUUAAUCUUUAUUUUUUACCAGCUUUUAAUAAGUAUGUACGUAUAUCAUUGUCUUAUCCUUUUAACAUGACAAAGAACCACAUGCUGAAUUAUUUUCGACCACAUUUCCAUCUUUUGUGCACCAAUUCAACCUCACCGAGUUGUUGUCACAGUUAGCCAAAUUCCUUGCCGUUGCUCAACAGGUUGAAUUUGUUGUCAUAAGCCUGUCAUGCAAACCAGACCAGCCUCAAUCAAAUAUAUUUGUAAAAAAUUGUUUUCAUUUGUUUUGAACCUCUUGGAGAAAAGGAACAAAUGGGUGGCAAAUAGGACAAUGCUUUGAAUGCGCGAAUGUCCAGACAAUCAGCUAAAAAUUAUUUAAAAGCAAUUUACAUUUGCUUUUCAGGCGUUAAUUUAUCUGCUUGGAAUUCUUUGAGUGGGCCGGCAGCGAGAGUCGUGUUCGCUGAGCAGAGAGGAGCAUUUGUGACUGGUCUAGAAAAUCAGCUGGUCGUUUAUGUACAUUCGACAUUCAUGUUUUGAAAAUCUGCAAGUACACAACUUCAAUCACAGAGUAAAAUAUCACGUUGUUGUGUGACUUUUGACUUGCCCAAUCAGAGCGCACACAUCCCACUUAAAAUAUUUGUAUAAUGAUGACGGACACAAGAAACUGUUUUUGUUGUUGUUGUUUUUUUUACAUGAAAUUAAGUUUUAUAGAUGACCCAAAGACUUAAAUCACAGUCUUUAAAUUAUUAUUGAAAAUGAAUUUGAACCAGUUCAAUGAUCUCUCCUCUAUAGAAAUGUCUUCUUAGUUGUAACUUGAUUUAUUGACACAGGGGCGCGCUGUUGAGACGCAUUCAGCCCCCUUACAUUUUUCGUACACAAUGGACACAGGUGUGUUUGCAUGGAUAUUUGAAGAAGUGCUAUGCCUCCGUGCAAAUUGUGCAUGUUAAAAGUGCCAUGGCUUGAUGCAAGCCUGGUCUCUGUACUUACAACCAAAAUUGUUAUUAUAAUUAUUAUUAUUGUUGUUUUUAUGGUCCAACUUCAUUCAUGUCAAAGUGCAUAAACACUAACGAUGAAAUUUCAUGGCUUCCACU